UUAGCAGGCCGUAUCAUAUGUGGAUGGGCAGUACAAUCUUCAGUCCACGUUUGUACUUUUGGCUGUCGGAUAUAGAAUACACAUUAUUAAUUCUUAAUUUCAGGAUGAAUUCGUCUCAGUGAACUUUGAAGCUUCUCAGGCUAACUUAGCUUGCUAGCUGCUUACAAACGCAGAAGUUAGUGUGAGUGUAAAAGUGUUGCGAGCGUGCGAGGAUGUGCAAAGUUCAAAUGCUGAGAGCGCUGGUGAGUCAGCGACUGACUGCGGCUGUCGAAGAAAUAUGCGUGGUGUUCGAAAGAACGAUAGCGGAGUACGAGGAGGAACUUUCUCGAACUAAAGAGGAGAACGAGCGACAACGUCAACUACUGGACGUUGUAUUCAAGAACCCUCAAAUCGUGUUACACAGAGCAGACGCCAGUGAGGAACAUCUUCCCCCCGAGCAGCUGGAGAGGAGAUGCAGGGCGGAGCAGGAGGAGCCACAGCCCAUUCACAUCAAAGAGGAAGAGGAGGACCGCAUCAUCAGUCAUGAGGGAGAGCAUUUUGAUAUCGCAGUGAUUUAUGUCCCUGUGAAGUGUGAAGAUGGUGAAGACAAAGGUCAAAGUGAGGAGGAGAGAGAGGUGGAGCCGCCAAGCAGCAGCUCAACUCACCACAUGACAAUAGACCACUGUGGAGGGUCGCAAGCAGAAAGCCUUUUAGCUCCGUUAUCAGAUAGUGACGACACAACGUCACACUCUCCUGACGCUGAUGAUAGAGACUCCAAAGCUGAUAAGACAUGUCGUACUGACAGCAGACACUUUAAAUGUUCCGAGUGUGACAAAGCUUUUAAUGACCGUCGCAAUCUGAAGAGACACAUGAGAACGCACACAGGAGAAAAACCAUACGUGUGCUCAAUAUGUGAUGUCAGUGAAGUACCGGUAGAUCAUCCCCCUGAACAGCAGGAGUGGACAUGCAGGGUGGAGCAGGAAGAGCCACAGGCCGUCCAUAUUAAAGAGGAAGAGGAAGACCACAGAAUCAGUCAAGAGGGAGAGCAUCUGGAGGAGUUGGUGGAGAGAAAGCUCUGACCUGCUAAGUGUGUUGUGUAGGUUUUGCACAAAAACAAUGUUUGAAAAUACACAAAAGUAUACACUGUGGAAGGAAAGUGUUAAAUGCUAUCUUUCAUCACACACGAAGUACCAGGUUAACAAUCACAAGUGUGCUGGUGAGAACAGCAACAGUAAAUGACUUUAAAAUAAACUGUCAAGAAUUUGAUCAUUUUAACUUUCCAAUAACCGUCACUUUUUUACAGGUUUGGAUUUUUUUUUCUCCCUUAAUAAUAAAAGGUUUAAUUUCAACACUGCAUUUUGUGUUCAGUUGUGUUGUCAUUGACUAAUAAUUAAACUUGUUUGAUGAUCUGAAACAUUUACGUGUGACAAACAUGCAAAAAAAAAAAUGUGUGAAAACACUUUUUCACACAUGAACUAUAUGGAUAAUGAACGCUAUUGGGGAAUUAUGUGUAAUUAUCUUUACUGUUGUAUUGAUUUCAAUUGUGAAUUAUUGAAUGACUUCAUCUACUUUGACGGCCUGUAAACUUGAACAAUGUGAAUGUGAAAUACUCGUUAGUAUUGUUGACCGGUUAGAUUUUUUAUUGUUUUAUAGGAAGAGAUAGAUCAUUUUGAUUUGUAACUCGUGUGCUGAAAAAGUGCGUGCACCCCUGAUAUACAUGUAGAAUGUACACAAACACUCAUAUUUAUAAAUAUAUAUACUGUAUAUAUAUAAGUAUGUAUAUACAUAGUGGUGUGAAAGUGUUUGCCCCUUCCUGAUUUCUUUGCAUUUUUGUCACGCUUAAAUGUUUCAUAUCAUCA